GUAUUUUAUUUGGAAAAAAAAACAAAACAGAAGACCCAAAUGUAAUAUGCUGCAUACAGCGAAGCGAUUUUUCACCGACAUUCCAUCGUCGUCGCAAUCGUAGAGACAAACCGUUCUGUGAUCAAAUGGUCGUUUUUUCUGUGAAACCCUUAUUCAGCCUUCUUGUCAUCUCACUCUCACUUGUUCUCGUUCUCGCAUUGCUAUUCACUCCUUCACGUUUCUCCCAAAGUCAAAUUUCUGGGGAACCCUCACUAGGGGAGGUGGAUAUAUGGAGUGUUCGGAGACUCGUGGAAUGGAAACCUUGCAAUUGGUGGCUACAAGGUCACCUAACAGACAAUUGCUUUCCUUUUUUUGUUUGUUGUUGAAAUGGUGCAGCUCUACCAUUAGAAACCAAUGGAUAUAUCAGAGUUGAUUGCUAUGGAGGCCUGAAUCAGAUGCGAAGAGAUUUCUGUGAUGGUGUGGGCGUUGCUCGACUCUUAAAUGCAACCCUUGUCCUGCCAAAGUUUGAAGUGGCUGCAUAUUGGAAUGAAACAAGUGGUUUUGCAGAUGUAUAUGAUGUAGACUAUUUCAUUCAACAAAUGAAUGGCUUUGUCAAAGUCGUGAAAGAGAUACCACCAGAGAUUGCAUCAAAAGAACCCGUUCGAGUAGACUGUAGCAAACGAAAGGGGCAAUUUGAUUAUGUUGAAAGUGUUCUUCCAUCUUUGUUAAAGCACAAAUACAUUUCCAUCACACCAGCAAUGUCUCAAAGAAGAGACAGAAACCCUUUGUAUGCAAAAGCUGCUCUCUGUCAAGCUUGUUACAAGGCAUUACGUCUCACCAGAUCCUUGGAAAUGAAAGCCUCUCAGCUCCUUGAUGCAAUACCUAAACCGUUUUUGUCUCUUCAUCUUCGUUUUGAGCCAGACAUGGUUGCAUACAGCCAGUGCGAGUACCCAGGGCUUUCUCCUGCUUCCAUCAAAGCCAUAGAAGCCGCACAGGUGGACAGAAAACCAUGGACUGGAGAAUUGGCCCGCAUUUGGAGACAACGGGGGAAAUGUCCCCUUACACCUAAUGAGACAACUUUAAUACUUCAAUCUCUUUCCAUCUCACCAACCACAAAUAUAUACUUGGCAGCUGGAGAUGGUCUGAUGGAAAUUGAAGGGUUGACAGAUACUUACACUAACAUAUUUACCAAGUCUAGCCUUCUCAGUGGGGAAGACUUCACAAGCAUGCAUGGCAAUACAAAAGCUGCUUUGGAUUAUUAUGUGUCUAUUAACAGUGAUUCAUAUAUAGCUACAUAUUUUGGGAACAUGGAUAAGAUGGUUGCAGCAAUGAGAGCUUUCAAAGGUUUGUACAGAACACUAUUUUUGAGCAGAAAAGGUUUUGCAGAAUUAACCUCACAGGGUCUUGAGGGAAAGGAGUUGAUGCAAGCCCUAUGGAAGCUUCACAGAGAUGAUUUUGCCAUGGGAAGAGGCUCUGCUCUACCCGAGUGUUUUUGCGAAUUCAAGUUGUGAUUUUGGGUCUGGGAUUCAUCACUUUUUACUUCUGGCAUUAUGCUGCAUAUGAAGUGCUAGUGUGUCACUUUUCAGAAAGGCACCCCUUAGCUUCUGUCAGCUUGUUUUUUCGUUUGUAUUGAUGUUAUGUUUUAUUUAUUUAUUAAACACUCUCACUAAUGAAUUUUUGGCACAAUUAGUGUAUGGACAGUAGUGGGCAUACAAUUAUAAAUACCCAUCGUGUUAUUG